ACUCUGAGUCAGACAGUCGAGAAAUGACGGUCAAAAUGGCCGCAAUGCAUGGAUUUAACAGCCAAAGACUAUUGCUCCUCCUGGUAUUCCUGAUGUCCAUCCCAAGCCUUUAUAAUGUAACUGCAAUGCCCAUGCCCCUAAUUGAGCCCUUCCAAGUUGUCAACCUUCACGAGGACAACACGGUACAGACGACGCUAGCACUGAUCAACUGUACAGACAGUGGAUCUACUAACAUGGAGUGUGGCACCUGCAAUUUGGUGGGAAUCACUAACGAUGGCACCGUGUUUCUUAAUGGUCUCAACAAUAACAACAAUUUAAUAACCGGAGGGCCCUUCGAUGUGUUCAGAAUAAACAAUAAUUUUCUGACCAAUACAAACAGAUUCUACAUUGUGUACGUCCCCAACCAAGGACAGAACCUGGACUACAGCGUCAUCAGGACGUACAGAAUAGAGGUCCAAUGUGUCGCCAUUGACACCGUCACUAAGAGUCCGUCUCAGACACUGGAGGUUGACAUCAUCCCAAACCAGGCUCCCGUCGUGGCCGGUCUUCCCGGAGUGACGGUUACCCUGGAUGCUAUAAACGGGGCGGUCGGAAGUCUGGUGUAUGAUGUCCAAGUGACCGACAACGAGACAGAUCCCAUCACGUAUGUGAUGACCGUCGACCCAGCCACAGUUGACUACUUCCAGAUCAGUCAACAGGACGGAGUCAUUUCCGCAGCCAAACACUUGUUAACGGCCACUGUGACCCCUGUGACGAUCAAGGUCAACGUCAGUGACGGCAAGCACAUUGUAGGACCCCUCACCGUCACUGUCAACAUCAUAAACUUGAACACUCGUCCCAGUAUCCAGAACCUCCCACUCAACAUCACUCUGAACGAAGACGCACCGGCCGGGACUCUGAUAGCCACAUUGACGUUAUCGGACCCCGACAUCUUCCAGACAUUAAUUCCUGUCUUCACAGUAGAUCCUGUAGCGGAAGCCUCAAAGUUCGUCUACCAGACUGGAACCAGACAAGUCCGGUUAAACGCAGUUGCUAACGGUGCAACUCUCCUGGACGCCGAGUCAGUCAGUCGUCUAAACCUCUCCUUCUCCCUCUUCGACGGCUACCUUCCCUCUGUCAAUGCCUACAUCCUCCUCACUGUCGCCAAUGUAAACGAACCGCCGUUCUUCAGCAGACCUGUUCAUUACUGCACGUUGUUUGAAGGCAAUCAAUUUGGCUCCACGUGUGCGCUCGGUCUGACCAUUAGAGAUCCAGAAGGGGACAUCGUUCUGUCCCCAUCACUCAAUUCCGCAAACAACAGCAACUUAUUUUCCCUGGAGAACGACAACCUUAGAAUCAGUAACAACUACGUCGUCGAUGGUGGCGCCUUCCCGUCUUCAGUGACGUUGACAAUAGAGGUAGCGGACGACAAAGGGGCAACAGGUUCUUCUCUCAUCCAGGUGACGGUUGUAGACCAGAACACCCAAACACCAGACUUCGGGGGCAGCCCUACGUCAGUCGUGAUUACUCAGAACGUGUUGACGCCACCCACAACGCUGGCUACGAUUACCGCUACCGACGCCGACUUAACCUCGCCCAACAAUGACGUCACUUUACGCCUCCAAAGUAGCAUCAAUUUGGGAAGCAACGUCAUAUUCACUGAUGACGGCCGGAUAACAUACCUGAACCGCUUCUCGGCUAAUAAAGACUGCUCUGAUUGUCGACUGGAAAUUAUAGCGUUCGAUGGAGGAAGUCCAGCCCGUACUGCAACGACAACAUACUAUGUGAGCUUCGUCACCACCACUACAACUCCUGCUACAACCACCACUACAACGACUACGACAACAACAACAACCACGACAACCACGACAGCUGCUGCAGUGUCUGCUUCUGACACAUUUUCGUCUCCAGCCGGUGCGGCAGUGUUGGGUCUUCUGAUCGCACUGCUGGUCCUUCUGCUGUUGUUGCUUAUUGGCUACUUCCUGUAUAGGUUCUGUAGGUACGGUACAUGCUGUGGUCCCACGGGACCCAACGGAUCAGGUGCGAUAUGUGGAGCGGGUGGACCGGACGGUGCGGGAGGUGGAGGAAGAGGAGGAAUGUGUGGAGACUGUUGUGACGGACCGCAGGAACCAAAUCAAGUGAAACCUAGACCUGAGGGACCAGAAUUCGGCCCGGUGAAGACUCCCCCGGAAGGUUUCCGCAACAACGUCUACCAAACGUCAGGCGACUACAAGGAUGACUUCUGGAAUAAGAAUGACGGCUACAUCGACAGCCGACCCCGCUCCAUGAAGUCCGUACGUAUCGGCGGCUUCUCUCCCCCCGGCACCCAGAGGGCGCUCCCGUCAAAUCGAGCAUAUUAACUAAAGUCUGCACAUUAUGUUUAUAAAAUCUAUAAUUUGUACUGUUUGUAGCAAUAUUAUUUUUUGGUAAUACUAUUUCUGUUGUUUUAACGUUGACUUCUAUACUGGUAUCUGUUAUGCCUGUAUGUCAAGGACAAGGAGUAAUUUCAACCUCUGAGUCUGCUGUAUAACGCACGCUUCUCUUUAGUUAUCUUUAAUGCCGUUACACCCCACUUCGCCUUAUAUUUUAUUCUAAAUUUCCCAGAUCAUUUAUUAAUGAGUCACUGUCGUCCGAGAUUGAGGGAAAACGAGGCGUACAAUCUCCGUGGAAGUGUUACUAAAAGUUGACUAGAUGACAAAGAGGUUAAAUGUGGUAAUACAUACAUCUUGUGAUAUGGAACCUUCCCUUCUCCUAUAUUAGACAUUUGUUUUUCACUUUUCUGGAGACAAAUAUACUAUGAGCAACAAGCUUAUUGAUGAUAGAUCUCAGGAAUCGAGUUGUCACAUGGUUGUUACAUGUCACAUGUAAACAUGGUAAAAAAAAGUGCCCUUAGAGAAUGUUGCUCACCGUAAAUGUAUAAUCGUAAAUAUCCAAUCCUGAAUAACGCUUCAAAUGGUAUUAUAUGGAAAUUGUGAAAUAAUGCUGAAGAAACUCUUUAAAUUCGUAUAACAAAGCUAUGAUAAGAGACAGAAAAUUAUAAUUAUACUCAGGCUUACCAUAAUGUGUGAAUUUUUAUAUCUUGUGUAUAUAUUUAUGGAAAUAUCAUGUAUAUUGGCAAAGGGCCUUCAUUCGAAAUAAAGACUUGACUUUACUUGACCUCAA